CCCGACCGCGUGCGACCAACCUAGUCAUCGGCUUCCUGCAUUCACUGCGCAGCUAAUCUUGCUUGAUUGACUGGACCGACGGCUCGGCCAACCAGCAGCCUGCGUCGUCGCUGUUCCAUCCACCGACACUGCCUAUCUUGCCUGUCGACCUUACGCACGAGCGUUGCUUGUCUUUACAUCUUACAACUGUAACCUAGCCAGCGACGCCUUUUUUUUUUCUUCCUCUUCUCUUAGCUUAAUCUCUCGCCGACGUAAAAGGCGGAGACGCCCCGGGCACUGACCUACUCAUCACAAAGGCGCCUCGGCCUAUCUAUAUACGCGUAGCAAAGGGAGCCGCAGUCUGCUGGCUAUCCCGCAGCAGCUGCAUUCGCCCUCGAUACCAUCGCGACGAUGAUGAAUCAACAACACGACAUGUACUACGAUUAUACCACGACGGCGAACCGGUCGCCGAGUUCGACACGGCAGGGUUACGCCACUGUCGGCUUACCCUCUGGCCUGGGAGGCCAUCGAUCCGGGCAGAGACCGCUGGAAACGCUAUCUCACAUGGGGUCUCCUGCUAUAUACGGACAGCAUGACGAGCGUCUCGGUGCGUCGAACUACGAGUCGCUCUCCAGGUUCGACCGACUGGUGCCGAGCGCGUUGCAAUCUGGUUAUAUGCUGGAGAACAGCCAGACGUGGGGCUAUAAUGGCGGAGUGGCCACUAUAAACGGUUCCAUGAACGGCAACGGGAGGUUGGCGGUGAGGGCCGUGAAUCGGCGAGCCGCCCUGCCCCAGCAAUGGACCGCUGAUCAGUCCGGACUCGGAGUUCAUUCGAUGUCACAAAUGUACGAUCCCACGAUGUCGAUGAACGGCAAUGAACAUGAUCUAUCGGGUAUGACGGGUCCCACUGGGGAUGCUCGGGGAAUCAUGGCUACUCCUUCGGCCUCGGAUUCCGAGCAACUCAUCCCGACGGCUAUCGUCAUAAAAAACAUACAGUUUCAAUGCCGGAAGGAGAUCCUCCAAGGUCUCAUGGCUUCGAUGAAUCUGCCGCAGCCCUACGCAUUCAAUUACCAUUUCGACAAGGGCGUGUUUCGCGGGCUUGCCUUCGCCAACUUUUCCACCGCCGAGGACACCGCCAUCGUGAUUCAGAAGAUGAACGGACUGGAAGUGAUGGGACGGAAGCUGCGGGUCGAGUACAAGAAGAUGCUGCCGCAGGACGAGCGUGACCGGAUCGAUCGAGAGAAACGCGAGAAGAGAGGGCAACUUGAGGAGCAGCACCGGGCACCGCUUCCGAUGCACCAGCAGAGCGCUCUGCAGGCCCUUGGCGUCAGCGUCAACAAGCAACCGAGCAAUUCGCCUCUCCGAGAUGUUGACCUAAACGACCCGACUACCCUAGAAUUCUAUACGCAGCUCACGCUCUUCAAGAACGACCCGUCGCGCGAAGUUCAUAUAUUCCCGCCUGAUGUCACCCCCGAGCAGCGCCGACAGAUACAUAUCCUUGCCCAUAAUAUGGGUUUGGAACACAGAUCCGUCGGCGAAGCGGAUCGGCGACAGAUCCAGAUCAUGAAACGCCCUCAGAACUCACCCCCUGUCCAUGCCCAGAGCCAGAUAGCAAAUGUUUCUUGGGAAGAUCACCGCCGCGGGUUAAGCCGCGCCGCGACUUUUGAUUUCGCCGAAUCCCGGAUCGGAUCUGCCUAUCAUGCGCUUGGCAGGCAGGGGCCGACGCUCGAGCUCCCGGGCAGCCCUGACAACGGGAUACCUAACAACCUCAGGGCGGCCAAGAGCUUCGCAGAUCUUCGCACGCACAGCCCGAGUCCGGCGCCUUCCGGGUCGAGCUACGCCGGCCUCACGAACGGCCUGGGAGCCCGUUACGGCGACUUUUCCCAGACCUCGCUAACUACCCCGCCCAAUUUAACACCUACCUCCGGCCAGAACGCCACGUCUAGCUCUGAGGCUCUAUUAGCAAGCAAUAUGAGCUCGAUGAAUAUCGGGUUCGACUCGAAUACUUCACACAUGCGAGCCAGGGAAACUCCCGGGGCUAUCGGGAGCCAGAGGCCCGGGGCAAACGGGACAGUGAAUCGUAACGCUCCCGACAGGCAGCCCCGGGGUCCCGAAUGGGGAGAGGCCGGCCAAGGCUUCAGUGGACGUAACCGCGGCCAUAUGCAGCGAGGUAGUGAUUCUUCCGACGCAGGCCGUAGCUCCGGUGCUGCGCGUUUCCACUAAUCUACCGCCGUCCCCUCCAACCGUGGGCGGCGUCAACUAGGGGCUGCCCGGGAGCGAUACGAUUCCGGACGCCUUUGCCUGCACAACCUAGCAGCCAGCGUUGCCAAACCUGAUCGAGACCGGCGCGAGACAGGCCGAGCUCGAUUCGCCGAUGUGACCGCAACGUUCUCCGUUCUCUUGCAGUCGCGCCCUAUCUACGUCUACGACGACCUUUGAUCUCCGUCAUCACAGCUAUCACCCCACGAGA